AUGGAACGACCCUCAUCUGGUCGACAGCGCGCCACUGCUGGUUCCGACAACGAGGCAGGCACCUCGGGGGCUCGGGGGCGAUGGGAACGCGCCCUCCCUGGCAAGCAGCACAGGCCUGCGCGCGCGGGUCCGCGGGCCGGGCAACCCAGCCUCCCCGCCUCGGCCCAGCGCCUGCGGGGGCUCCCCCGCGCCCAGGGACCCGCACCCGGGCGGAAAGGCGACCCCCGCGUCCGACAUCACGCGCGGCGCCUGCGGCAGCCUUACCCUCCGGCGCGGCCCGAGGAGCCGCCGAGCGGACGCAGGGCGCAGGGCCGGGCGGUGACGCAACCAGGCCUCCUGCAGCACGGCCCGGCCGGGGCACCGCGCGGUGGCCGCGACCCGCAGCGGGCGGUCCGCGGCGGACGCCCACGCCUUCCCCCGCGGGACGCACGCAGGGCGCGCGGGCUGCCCCGGGGCUGCGGAGCGGGCGCAGGCGGUCCCGGCGCGGAGGCGCGGGGCGGCGCGGCCCCGGACCAGCCCCGGGAGCCCCGCGUCCGGCCGCCGUCCGCGCCCAGGGCAGCAGCGCCGGGGGUGCCCAGCCGCCGGGCUCCGGUGGCGCGCGCGCCCGAGCACCCGCGCGCGCCCCCGGGCCCACAGCUCCUUACCGGCUGCGCGGAUCCUCCGGGCCACGGCCCGACCCCAGAGGCUGCCACGGCCGCGGACCCUCCCCGCCCGCCCCACCACGUAGCCGCCGCCGCCGCCGCCGCCGCCGCCGCCGCCGCCGCCGGGAAUCAAUGGCCGGGUCGCCGGGUGCUGACGUCACGGCGCGCCGGGCGUGGGCGGCCCCACGUGACCGCCGCCUCUUUUGUCCGUCCGGCGGCGGCGCGGCUGUCGCUGCUGCUGCCGUCGGGGCUCGCUGGGGCGCGGGUGCGGGGCUGGGGAGGCGGCCGGGGAGUCCGCGGUCGCUCCCGACGCGCUCGGGCCGGGGCCUGGCGCGCUGAGAGGCCCGCGGGCUCCGGAGAGCCGUGGCACAGGGGCCUCGUCCCCGGGCCGGGGCGCUCGGACGGCUCGUUCCGCCGGCGCCCCGCGGCCCGGCUGCCCCGGCAGGAGGCGUCGCUGGACACCCCGUCCGCCGGGCCUCCCCGUCCGACCGCACGCGCCGAGCCCCGCCGGGCUCCGAGCAGGGACGCGGCCGCGGGUUCGCGCGACGCUCUCGUCGCGGCCGCUUUCCCCGCUUCCGCGGCCGGGCGGCGGGGCGGCUGCUCGCCGCUGUCCGCGCCCCGACGUUCGCAGGCGGCUGUCCGGCUCCGCUCCGGCCGCCUCCGCAAGUGCCCGCCGCGGGGACAGCGGGCUCGUUGCUCCCGGCGCUCCGUGUGCUCGCUGGUCACUGCUCGGCCUCGGGGCGCGGCCGGCACAGACGGGGAGCCCGGCUCCACGCGGAGUUCCCGCCGCAGAGUCCCCGCGGGGCUCGUCCCGAGGUCCUGCCGUCGCCACCUGAGCGACGGCCGGAGUCCGGGGCUCCACCGUCAGGGGCCUCGCCGGGGCCGCCUUCCCGGGACCCAGCCCCGCUCGUGAGCGCGAGCACCUCCUGCCGCUACGUCGUUGGGCUUCAUGGGGACCGUGGGGGCGCGGACGCGCACACCCGAGAUGGUUCCUCGCAUUUCUUCCCGGUCUCUCACCCGCUCGCCCGCGGCCGGACGUCUGCGCGGUUUCCGACGGUGCUGCCGUUGGGAACAGGGCCUCUCGGCGCUCCUGCACAGCCACUGCUCCGGGGCGUGAUGCCCGGCGGUGCCACGGCAUUGCUUGUAGUAGACGGUGUUACUGUUCCCUCAAUACCGGCUCCCCUUCUUGGAAGAGGACCAGACAUCCCCACCUACGGUCGUGUGAGGGGCCCCUCGUGUACCCGCCCAGCCUGCAGUCACUGGAGUCCAGAUGGCAUCUACCCGAGCAGAAACCUGAAAAGAUAUCCUGUGUGAUUGCCCUGGCCCUUUUGAUCUUUCUCUCUCCCACAAAGAUGGCAUGUCUGUGCCUGGGGGUCCCAGGACGGAGAGGGCGCGUGGAGGAAAGUCUGACAAUAGACGUCCGUUUGGGUUCUCGGACAGGGAAGGAAGUCGAGCCGGUGAGGUGCGCUCACAGACCAGCUCCACUUAGUGCCACGGGGAUGACUCAGCCUCACGGGACCAGCCUCCAAGCAGCCAUGUGAAGUCUGUCUCAGGAAAGUCUGCCUGGGGAGUACUUUGAAGACACCUUCAAUCACUCAGUAAACUCUCUUGGGUCCAGCACUUAAUGAAAAACUGACCUAGAGAACAGUGGCACCUUACCCAAAUCUUGGAGAGAAGCCGGAUAAAGAGAGAGCCCCGCAGGAGAGGCAGGUCCUAGAGUCAACACACGUAGACUUACGAUAACUAAUUCUUGUGUUCCGGAAAUUAAAUGAUAAGGUGGACAAUUUCAGGAGAGAACAGGAGACU